AGUGCUGUGAUACGUUCGUUCGUGUGGUUACAAUAACAGUUUAUAACUAUUGGUAGACAUAUUAGUCGGAUAACUACUUCGCCUUGCCGAGUAACAUAGUAUUCUACCGAUAAUUUUUAAUCAGCUUGUGCAUCGACGGUUGCUAAAGGUAUAGCCGUGACCUUUUCGCACCUGCAGCAAACUAGAACAGUCGCGUACAGUAUGGGAAACACCGAAUCAACUCUACAAGCGCAGCCGUGGGGGAGGCUGCAUCAGGACCAAUGACAUACUUCCGUAUUUCGUUCAGUAGUUUCACUGGUCAGCGUGAGGUAUGAACGAAAGAAGGUCUAUCAUCUGUUGGUUCUGCACAACAAACGACAGAUCAAAGGACUCUGGACACAGGUGACAUUUGAAUUUGGGUCGCAGCAGAGUCCUGAGUGUGUACAUGAAAUAGCCGUAACAAACUUUGUGACAACCAAGGCUACGUUUACAUGGAAUGUGCAUCAGCUGAGGAAUUGGCCGAAAGGCCCUUUCGAAGCCUCAUCACCGCCGUUCGUCCACCCCAGUGCGAGUGUGUGGAGCAUGCACCUGUCCAAAGACAGCUACGAAUCCGUCCAUCUUGGUUUCAUACUCGUCUCUUCUGAGAAGGGAGCACCUGUGAGAGCCACCAUAAAGACAAAGGCCAGAUCCGAAGCCAGUCAAAUAAAACAGCUGCCUGCCAUAGAGUCUGAACUGUUCAAAGUGGGUGAGGUGAUGAGGAAGCAGAUCCUACAAGGCUUCACCAUACCUAAGGCUGCACAGUCAGACAAGCUGCUGCUGGAGAGUGAGGUGUUAGUGGUGAGCAGUGUUGUGGAGUCAGCUCCUGGGACCACCAAUACUCUCAAGGACGAUUUGGCAACACUGCUAAAGCUGAAGGAAGAUGCCGAUGUCACGCUGUUGGCCGGUUCCAGUAAAGUGUCGCUGAUGGCACACUCGACGCUCCUGCGCGCACGCAGCCGAGUCUUUGCCUCCAUGUUGAAGUCACCUGAGGUUGCCACUAAGUCAGGCCACAUAUUUCACAUGCGAGAAGUGGAGCCACGUGAGGUCAAGGAGCUUCUUUGCUACAUCUACACUGACCAGACUCCGUCACUCUCUGAGAUGCCAGAGGAGUUGCUUGCCCUCGCCAACAGGUAUGAUCUGAUGGGCCUGAAGAGGCGCUGUGAACUGGAGCUGUGUCAGAGGCUGACGGUAGACAAUGCUGCACGGACCGCAGUGCUAGGCGUGAAACACUCCUGCCUGACGCUGCUGCAGAUGACAGUGCCAUUCAUCGAGCAGAAGUAUGCCGAAGUGAUGGGCACUCCUGGCUGGGCUGCUGCCGUCCGCACCGACCCUGAAGCCAUGGCUACUGUCAGCCAGUUCAUCUCUGAUGCUGCCAAGGGGGAGUACAGAAUAAGACUCUGAUUUCACAGGCUGCAUUUCACAGGCUGCAUUUCACUGUCUAUAGUCACUGGCCUGUAAGAAAAUAAAAUCCUUCUCUCUGAAUACUCAGUUCUCCUGGCCAGGUGACAAUAACCUGCACCGAUCCCAGAGCUGCAUCUACUAUCUGCUGGAUCAUCUCUGAUGCUGCCAAUGGCAGGCAGAAUCAAAUUGAACUUUGAUUUCAGUGACGGUGCUUUACUGCAGCUAGUCACUAAUCGGCGAGAAAAUAAAAUAUUUCUUGCCAAAUAAUUGGCUUUCCUUAAACACAAGCAGGGCUUCAAAGUACUGCUACAGGAACAGGAAAUUGGCACCCAUUUUUAACAAAUUAAUUAAAUGUUUGGAAAUUGUUUUUGCCCUGUGAAACAAUCCAGGGGGCAGGGAUGGGGAAUUUGUGCUAAGGUGUGGACACAGGUCUGUUGUGCACUAUGUGGUGGUUUCCUGUAUGUCUUAUAAUCUCAUAUUGUUUGAUCUGAAACUGUGAUAGAACUUAAGAGUAGCUAGUAACCUAUAUCAUUGAAGAUUGAUGUCAUGUUAUUGAUAGUAGUCCUCAUAAAGUAGUUAUGACCUUGGGCCAUUACAUCUGCAAAUUCAUGAAAAUGUUAUAAUCCAAUUUCAGACAUUGACUUUAUCAUCAUCUACACACUCCACAUUUGUUCUAUUUUUCUCAAGAUUACUUAACAAUUUCAGUUGCUUGUAUUGCUUUGUCAGUAUCUAUUUUUUAAGUAUUUAUGUCCCUUCUAUUCAAGUUGCCACUUUCUUCCAUCAGUGUAAUUCCUCAUUACUUAAAAGUGUUUCUGUCAGCUGUAAUUCAUUAUUUUUUCCAUUUCUUUUAUUAUUUCCAAAAUAAAGAAUUUUGUUGAUUACUUUUUUCCAGAAAUGUUGUUGUUGUUGCGGUCUUCAGUCCUGAGACUGGUUUGAUGCAGCUCUCCAUGCUACUCUAUCCUGUGCAAGCCUCUUCAUCUCCCAGUACCUACUGCAACCUACAUCCUGUUGAAUCUGCUUAGUGUAUUCAUCUCUUGGUCUCCCUCUACGAUUUUUACCCUCCACGCUGCCCUCCAAUACUAAAUUGGUGAUCCCUUUCACGCCUGAAAACAUGUCCUACCAACCUAUCCCUUUUUCUCGUCAAGUUGUGCCACAAACUUCUCUUCUCCCCAAUCCUAUUCAGCACCUCCUCAUUAGUUAUGUGAUCUACCCAUCCAAUCUUCAGCAUUCUUCUGUAGCACCACAUUUCGAAAGCUUCUGUUCUCUUCUUGUCCAAACUAUUUAUCGUCCAUGUUUCACUUCCAUACAUGGCUACACUCCAUAUGAAUACUUUCAGAAAUGACUUCCUGGCACUUAACUCUAUACUCGAUGUUAACAAAUUUCUCUUCUUCAGAAAUGCUUUCCUUGCCAUUGCCGGUCUACAUUUUAUAUCCUCUCUACUUCAACCAUGAUCAGUUUUUUUUCUCCCCAAAUAGCAAAACUUCCAGAAAUGUAUGAAUACAUUUUUGUUAUACUGUUCUCACUCUAUUAGUGAAGACACUGAGAAAAUAUUAAUGUUUGUUGACCAUGUUGUUACUUGUAAUUUUUCUGCCUCGUUAAAUACAAGCAGGGCUCCAAAGUAGUAGUACAUGAACAGGAAACCAGCACGCAAUUUGAAUAAAUUAAUAAACUGGAAAUUGAUACUGCCCUGUACAAUAAUUCUGCUCCGAAAAUUUUCUAUUCUGUUUUACCUCCAUUCUCCAAGAAACACAGCGUAAAUGUAAUGUGACAUUAAAUUAGUUAAUUUUUACAUGUGGUACUUUCUUUUAAUCUGUUUGGAGGUACAUUUAUCUGAGAUAUAUACAUAAAGGGAUAUUUUAUGUCAAAUUAAUUUUUUGUUCAUUUAAUCAACUGAAAUUUUAAUACUUUGACUGCAUGAACUGUGCCAUUUUUCAGAAUUCCAGCCAUUUUUAUGGUUGUUCGAGAAAAAGUGUUGCUCAGAACUCGGUAAAGACUGAUAGUGUGUGUCAAUACAUGUGAUUAGAUAUUUAAAAGCACGACAAAUUUUUCUGCGUCAAAUGAUGAAAUUGGAAAUGUACUGAAAUUUUUGCGUCCUGUCAAUCGACUGGCUUGGCAGUCUGACAGAAGUCAGAUUGCAAUCAUUGAGUAAACGCUCAGCAAUAGGUACAUUUUAUACCAUGAUGCCAUUAAAUUCCUUUUUAGAGUUACUGUUUUAAUUUCAUUCAUUCUGUACUGUAGACUGCAGAUGUAUUGCCUUUGGUUUUCAACGUAAAUGUAGUGUUUGGUUCAUUGUCUAUAAUACAUUUUGUAAUCUUUGAUUAUAACUGAAAUCUGUAACCUAUUUCUUCAGUGUUUCUUUUAUACUUAAUCAAACAAAUAAUUGCAUUUGACUUCCUCCAAAGAAACAUUCAUAAAAGUUGAUUUAACAUUAUAUGUAAUUAAAUGUUUUCAUAAAAUAAAAAUUAUUUUGCAAAUUA